AUGGCUCCUGGGGAAGGUUAUUGGGGCAGGCCCACGGCCACCCUGGACUGGUGCGAGGAAAACUAUGUAAUCAGUUACUACGUGGCCGAGUUCUGGAACACUCUAUCCAAUGCUGUGAUGAUAUUCGCUCCUCUUGUGAUGGUCUACGUUGGAUAUAAAGAGAACCAUGAGAAACGCUUCAUCUACAGCUUCCUGGCUCUCUCAGUUGUUGGAAUUGGGUCAUGGCUGUUCCAUAUGACCUUGAAAUAUACCAUGCAGCUGAUGGAUGAGCUGCCGAUGAUCUGGGGCAGCAGUAUUCAAAUCUAUUCUCUGUAUCUGAUAAAGAGCAAACCUGGCGAAGAGAGUGUCAUUCUACAACUGGCACUGAUUGGUUACUGCAUCAUUGUCACACUUGUGUACAUCCUCAUCAAUGAUCCCAUCUUCCACCAGGUGUCCUACGCUAUCAUGGUCUUCUUCAUCGUGGGACUGGCCAGCAGAGUUUGUCUAACCACCAAAUGUAACAAGAGCUUUUUCCUGGUCUCACUGUUGACCUACAUCCUGGGCUUUCUCUUGUGGAACAUUGACAAUGUCUACUGCUCCAAUCUCAGAUCUAUACGAAACCAGUUUGUAGGCAGAUCUUCAGCCAUGUUGUUUGAAUGCCAUGCCUGGUGGCACAUCUUUGCAGGUUCAGGGGCAUACCUAGGAUUGUUGUUUGGCAUACAGACCCGCUACCUGUAUCUACACAAGAAACCACAACUCAAGUUUCUGCUUGGGUGCUGGCCAUACGUUUCAAUCAGAGAAGAGGAGAAUAAAGUCAACUAA